GCCGCCGUCAGUCGGCGCGGCGCGCCAGCGAGGACGAGCCUCCGGCCCUGGCGGCCCGCGUCUCCCGCCCCGGAAGGCGGCGCCGGCGGCGAGCUCCCGACCCGCUGCGCACCGGCGGGGCCCGGGCUGCGGAGACCCCUCGGCCUCGGAGCGGCGAGCGCGCUUCUGACGAGCUCGGCGGUCCAGGAUGGGAAACCAUGCAGGAAAGCGGGAGUUAAGUGCGGAGAAGAGCAACAAGGCUGGAGGGACUCCCCCAGGAGGAGUGGACCGGAGGGGCGUCCGCCAGCUGGCCCGGGAGGCCUCGGAAGACAACGAGGUGUUCGGGGAGGCAGAUGUGGAGCAGAACAAUGGGACCCCCUCUCAGGACACAGCGGUGACAGACUCCAAGCGCACAGCAGACCCAAAGAAUGCCUGGCAGGACGCCAACCCAGCUGACCCAGGGGGCCGCCCCCACUUGAUCCGCCUCUUUUCCCGAGAUGCCCCGGGGAGGGAGGACAACACCUUCAAAGACAGGCCCUCGGAGUCAGACGAGCUCCAGACCAUCCAAGAGGACAGCGCAGCCACUCCCGAGGGCCUGGAUGUGAUGGCGUCACAGAAAAGACCCUCCCAGAGGCACGGAUCCAAGUACCUGGCCUCAGCAAGCGCCAUGGAUCACGCCAGGCAUGGCUUCCUCCCGAGGCACAGAGACACGGGCAUCCUUGACUCCCUCGGGCGCUUCUUUGGCGGUGACAGGGGUGUGCCCAAGCGGGGCUCAGGCAAGGUGCCCUGGCUCAAGCAGAGAAGGAGCCCUGUGCCCUCUCAUGCCCGCAGCCAGCCCGGGCUGUGCAACAUGUACCAGGAUGGACAUCACGCAGCGAGAACUGCCCACUAUGGCUCCCUGCCCCAGAAGUCCCAGCAUGGCCGGCCCCAAGACGAAAACCCCGUAGUGCAUUUCUUCAAGAACAUUGUGACACCACGCACACCUCCUCCAUCGCAAGGAAAGGGGCGAGGACUGUCCCUCAGCAGAUUUAGCUGGGGAGCCGAGGGCCAGAAGCCGGGAUUUGGCUACGGAGGCCGCGCUCCAGCUCACAAGGGGCUCAAGGGCACCGACGCCCAGGGCACGCUUUCCAAAAUCUUCAAACUGGGAGGAAGAGAUAGUCGUUCCGGGUCACCCAUGGCUAGACGCUGAAGCCCGCCUCGUGGCCGCAGAACCCUGUCCUCAGCUUCUUAAUAUCACCGCCUUCGACGUUAACACCGCCCCGUACCUCCCCACCCGUAGCGAGCACCCUCCUGCCUAACGCCCGUCCAGUUGUGCCCGCAGCAGGGUCAGGCGCGCCCAGGCCCACCGGCGGUUUCCGGCCACGAGCUUCGAUGGAGGAAACACAGACCGGGUAUUCCACAGCCACGCUGAGCCUGGAGACGACGCGUCCCCGGGGCCUCAGCCCCCGGCAGCGCAGCCCCGGCCCGACGCGCGCCUCCGUCCUCCGACCGGCUUCGCUGAGCCGUAUCCCUCGGCUUCGCAGGCGCUGCCGUGGCCCCGCCGCGGACACAGAGACGUGUGCAGGGCGCUGAGGACCGCCGGUCCAGGCUUACUUUGGUUUCUUGCCCCGCCCCUUGCUCACCCCUAACACACUCACUCUCCCUCCAGGCCGGGCGGUCGGCAGCGGCACAGGGGGCUUUCGGUAUGUGAAGGGCGGGCGGGCAGCUGUGAAGAGUCCGUGUGGUGGGCGCGGAGGGGCGCCUGCGGGCGGUGCCCACCACACCGUAGCGGAAUUCAGGCGUGGCAGAGAGGGGACAGGGAGGCGAGGUCGGGCUGGGCCACGGCCCCAGCGGGAAACAGGAGCUUCUCGGAAAUUAGGCGACGGCAGAGCGGGAGCCUGGGUGGCCUCCACGAACCACCUGUUUCCCCCCAGAGCCCAGCAGGAGGGGCCAGGGAGACGCUUGUCUCAGAGCGGGACUGGAGGAGUUUUCUGGGUGGCCUCGCAGUGUCACCCUGUCACACAUCCCACGGCAGUGCACAUUGCAGAUACUAACCCUUGGUGGACGGAUGACCCGCCGUCCGCUGGCAUCCUAGACGCCGACGUGUGUAGAGAACAGGCUUCGGAGCGCCUUCUUCCCGCCCCGCUGACCCAGAGGCAGGGGCCGGGCCUGGGCAGCCCUGGGAGCCGAGACAGGGGCUCCUCCGAAUCGUGCCUUUUCUAACUGGAACUGACAUUCCCUGCACUUCCCUCGUAACGUACUGAUCCCCCCUUUUGAUUUUAGCGUGUCUCUUAGAGGCCUUCCACGGAGCCCACACUGGCAUCGUACCCCUUAGCACGAACACGAGGAGUAGCCUGCGUAUCGACAUAAUCCCAUCCUAAUUCCGAUGUCCAGUGUGGGUUUAAUAUAAUGUCUAUUAAUCUAUAGCCUCAAUGAUGAGAGGGUUACAGGGGAACAAGGAACAAGAUUUCAGAAACAAAACCUCCAGUUGCGUCUCACACACACACACACACACACACACACACACACACUCUCUCUCUACAUCCUUGAGCCAACCGUGGGCCGAGCAAGCUCCCCUCGCAGCUACACCCAGACAGCAUGUGCUGUGACGGUGGCUCUCGUGGAGUACACACUGUUCUUGAAUAUUGAAAUAAAAUAAUAAACUUUUAAUGAUA